UAUAUUUGGUAUCUGUUCACAGAACGGUGGUAAAUUUGCAGGCGUCGAAAACGGUCACACUUUGUUUAUGCAGAAACAGGCGCCAAAUUCAGUGAUUUUAAUAACCAAUUUAAAAGCAGAAAGAUGCAGGCCAAGGCAACCGACAGUAGACAGGAACCUACCCUGCAUAUGGACACAAAUGCGCGUCGCAAUUUCAUCAAAUUUCACGCGAAACUCGGCGAGAAACCCGGAACUACGGUGCGGUUUUUUGACCACUCCGAUUGCUAUACGGUGCACGGCAACGAUGACUGCGAAUUGGUGGCCAAAAUCGUCUACAAAUCCACGGCGUACAUAGGCGCCCUGUUGCCUGAAGACAAAAAGGAGACUCUGCAGUUCGUGUCCAUGUCCAAGGCCAACUUCGAGCUGGCUGUGCGCGAGCUGCUCUUGGUGCGCAAUUACCGGGUUGAGGUGUACGUUAAGAAGUCCAGCGAUUGGGAGAUUGAGUACCGCGGAUCACCCGGCAAUCUGCUGCAGUUCGAGGACAUCCUGUUUGCCAACAAGGAGGUUUUAAUCGGCAACAGCAUUAUCUCGCUGCUGGUUAAGCUCGAGGGCGGUGGUCAGCGGCGUGUGGGUGUGGCCAGCGUGGAGCAGAACGACUGCAAGUUCCAGCUGCUUGAGUUCCUUGACGAUGACUUCUUUACCGAACUGGAGGCCACCGUGGUGCUGCUCGGACCGAAGGAGUGCCUACUGCCAAGCUUGGAGGGCGACUAUGCUGCCGUUAAGACGCUGCUCGAGAGAAAUGGCGUCAUGGUCACGGUGCCCAAGAAGAGCAGCGCCAACGAUCUGCUGCAGGAUCUAAAUCGUCUGUUACGUUUCGCCAAGGGGCAGCAGGAGGAUGCCACGGGCUUGAAGGAGCUCCAGCUUCAGCUGGCCUCCAACGCCCUAAAGACCGCUAUCAAGUACCUGGACCUGGUCAAUGACGCCGGAAAUCUUGGGCACUACGAGAUCAAGCAACUCGACCUAAAGCGCUUUGUGCACUUGGACUCUGCUGCCGUGGCUGCGUUAAAUAUUAUGCCCAAGCCAGGCACAUAUCCUUCCAUGCCGUCGUACCGCUGGCAAAGCAUCAUGGGCGUGCUGGAUCAUUGCCGUACACCGCAGGGACACCGCCUAAUGGGUCAGUGGGUCAAGCAGCCGCUGCGCAGCCGAGAUAUCCUCAAUGAUCGUCAUAACAUUGUCCAGUGCCUACUCGAAUCUCCGGACACAAUGGAGACCCUGAGUCUCGAUUACCUGAAGCGUAUUCCGGAUAUUCUUAUGUUGACCAAGAAGCUGAUGCGACGCAAAGCUAGUUUGCAAGAUCUGUUCCGCAUUUACCAGGUGAUUCUAAGGACCCCGAAAAUUCUUAAGGUUCUGCUUGAGCUCGGUAAUUCAACGAUUGAAAGUGUGAUCUGUGCGCCGUUUAAAAGCUUCCUGGAGGAUCUGACCGGGCUCAAGGAAAUGGUCGAGCAGGUGGUUGACUUUGAGGCCAUCGAAAGGGGCGAGUAUCUGGUAAAGGCAUCGUUUGACAGUCGUCUAAUGGAGCUGCAGCAGAUGAUGACAGAGCUGUAUUCGAAAAUGGAAAAGUUGCUGGCCAAAUGCACCGGCGAUUUGGAUUUGGAUGGCAAAAGUCAGGUGAAACUGGAAACUAUUGCCAAAUUGGGACAUCAUUUCCGCAUCACUCUGAAGGAUGAUUCUGUGCUGCGCAAGAACAAGAACUAUCGCAUCGUGGAUGUGAUCAAGGGCGGUGUUCGCUUUACGUCCGACAAGCUGGAAGGUUAUUCCGAUGAGUUUGCCAGCUGCCGCACUCGCUACGAGGAACAGCAACUGUCCAUUGUGGAGGAGAUCAUUCAGGUGGCCGUCGGAUAUGCGGCCCCACUUACUUCACUUAACAAUGAGCUGGCCCAGCUCGACUGUUUGGUGAGCUUCGCUAUCGCCGCCCGCAGUGCUCCCACUCCCUAUGUGCGGCCCAAAAUGCUCGAGGAAGGCGCACGCGAAUUGGUCCUCCAGGAUGUGCGUCAUCCUUGUUUGGAGCUGCAGGAGCACGUCAGCUUCAUAGCUAACAGCGUUGACUUUAAGAAAGAGAAGUGCAACAUGUUCAUUAUUACGGGACCCAACAUGGGUGGAAAGAGCACUUACAUUCGCUCUGUGGGUGCCGCUGUGCUAAUGGCUCAUGUCGGAGCUUUUGUACCCUGCAGCUUGGCCACAAUCAGCAUGGUGGACUCCAUUCUUGGGAGAGUUGGAGCUAGUGACAACAUUAUUAAGGGCCUGAGCACAUUUAUGGUAGAGAUGAUUGAAACCUCUGGGAUUAUAAGGACUGCCACUGACAAAUCCUUGGUAAUCAUAGAUGAACUUGGGCGCGGCACUUCCACAUACGAAGGUUGCGGCAUCGCCUGGUCGAUUGCUGAACAUCUGGCCAAGGAGACGAAGUGCUUCACUUUGUUCGCCACUCAUUUCCACGAGAUAACCAAGUUGGCGGAUACCCUGCCCACGGUUAAAAACUGUCAUAUGGCAGCAGUGGCGGAUGCGGAUCACUUUACGCUGCUGUAUCAAGUGCGUCCAGGGGUCAUGGAAAAGAGCUUUGGCAUUCAGGUGGCGCGUUUAGCCAAUUUUCCCGAACAUGUCGUCCAAAACGCGCAGGAGGUGUACAAUGAGUUCGAGGACGAACAUGUGGAUAAGCAGAAAAAAGAGGAUAAGGCCCUGCUGGAAAAGAUUCAAGUGGCUAUUCAACAGCUGUCAACUGCUGGGAACAACGUCGACAUUAACGUGGAGGAUUUGACCCAGCUAGUCACCCAGUUUACGAAGGAUAUUGAACAGCUGGAUAGUGAUUACUUCAAAUCCGUUUUGGCCACUAGUGAGGCUUGAAAAGGAGGUAAGGCCGAAUAAUUGUUAAUUGGGCAGUAUUACUUUAAGAGGCAGUUGUUCUUCGUACUCUUCAUAACUUUUUUUUUCCGUAAAUAUUAUCAAUUAGCAUCACGUCAUAUUGCUCACAAUGCAUCAGCACUUUCAUCCAUGGUUUGAAACCAUAUUUCUGUUUUGAUGUUUAAAUAUUUCUUUCAUUGCAUUAGACAUAAAAAUAUAUAUAGAAUAACAAAACUAGAUGAUAUAUCAGUUUUCACUAUGGCGAUGCAUGUUUAAAUAAAUAAACACUACUAUGAAUACA